UUUAGACUUUUUGCGUCAGCAAGAUUCUUCUUAAAAGAGCCACCCUUUUAAAAAGACAAGCAAAUUAAAGUUGCUUUUGGAUAAUAACUCACUGUUUAGAUACUAAUCUCUUUUCAGAUGAACUUCAAGCUCUGGUUUUUGUAUUUUGGGAAGCGUUUUGGAAACACAAUCAUGGUAACUUUACCUGUUUGAAGCAAGAAUUUUGAACCCUAAACACUGAGUUUAGAGACAUUACUCCAAAACCUUCAUCAUAAAGAAGAAUCCUCGUGGGGUUAGAAUUAUUACAAUUGUCAACAGUCAAAAGAAACUGGGUUCAAUCAUUGAGAGAUAAGGAAUCCGUUGAAUGUGAAAUUGCACGUUGGCUUCUAUUAUAUAUUGGGACAAGAGCAAUGAUUCGAAGCGAGGGGAAUUUUCUGCGAAGAGUGUUCAGAGUGAUGCACAGUGAAAACAAACAGAAAGUUUUAAGGUGAGAAGAUAGUCAGAGAAAAAAAGGAAGACAAGAGAGUGUGAUCGUUCAGUUCAGUUAAGGUUCUUAACAUAACAAACCAUCACAUUGUCUACCUCUGAAGCCACUUUCCAUUCCCUUCAUCAGACACUUCACAGAGAAAAAGAAAGAAAAAGAGAGAAUAUCUUCCGCAUUCUUACCUCUCUUCAAUUAUUUUGCUGCCAAUGAUAAAGUUCCACGUAUUGUGAAAACUAAGGAAGGACUCCUUUCUGUGUCCCCUGUCUGCCAUUCUCUCUUCCAUGAAACUACAGCAUGACGAUGGAAGAUGAGUCCUUGGCAACAGUCCCAUUUGACAGGGCUAUUGAACAGGCAAUUGUGUCUAUCAAGAAAGGUGCAUAUUUACUUAAGUGUGGUCGUAGGGGAAAGCCGAAGCUCUGUCCUUUCAGACUUUCCCAGGAUGAGAGAAAUUUGAUUUGGUAUUCAGGACAGCAGGAAAAGCAUUUGCGAUUGAGUGUAGUUACAAAAAUUGUUCAAGGGCAAGAAAAUAUAAGGUCCCAGAGGCAAAAUGAACCCGAAAAGGAGUGCCAUUCGUUUUCUCUAAUCUAUGCUAAUGGUGAACGUUCUCUUGAUCUGAUAUGCAAGGACAAGGCACAAGCUGCUUCUUGGUUUGUUGGCUUGAAAGCUGUCAUCUCUAGGUGUCAGCAUCCUAGAGCUUUUAGUAGUUUAAGAAGUUGCAAAGGUGUGCAGAGUUGUGUUAGUAGUCCUGCUGGAAUCUUACGAAGAAAGAAAAAUCUUGGCCUUUUGGAUGAUACCUCUCAGUUUACUCAGGUACAUAGCGUAUGUGCAAGUCCUACUUUAUCACUUUCCGAAAGGUGCUUUUCUGAUGGCUUGUCAUGCACUUCUGAUAACUUAUAUUCAUCCACAUCUUUCCUCUCCAGCACUCAAGGUGUAACAGAUAAUUCAGUGCCAAGUUCUCCAUACAUUGAUCCAGAUGUUCAUAGUAACAUUGAAUCAACUCGCAUUGAUAAGGAGCACAAGAAGAAUUUGUCCUAUAGGCAUUUGACGCAUUCUACCUCCGUACAUUUAGGAAAAAGUAAUGUAUUGAAGGAUGUAAUGAUAUGGGGUGGAGGGAUUGGGUGUCUUGUAGGGAUUGUGAAUGAAAGGUUUAUUCAAGGUGGGGUCUAUUCUUUAGUGCCGAAGUUACUAGAAUCCACUGCAAUGUUAGAUGUACAGAACAUAGCUUUGGGAGGAAAACAUGCUGCCUUAGUUACAAAACAAGGGGAAGUUUUUUGUUGGGGUCAAGGAAAGUGGGGAAGACUCGGGCAGAAAAUUGAUAUGGACAUUAGCUCCCCAAAAAUAGUGGAUUCUCUUAAUGGUCUUCAUGUAAAGCACGUUGCUUGUGGUGAGUAUCAUACGUGUGCUCUGACAGAUUCUGGUGAAGUAUAUACUUGGGGAAAUGAUGUCUGCUGUGCAGAUUUAUUUAAUGAAGGGAGAACUAGAAGUCAGUGGAUACCACAAAAACUUGGCGGAUCCUUAGAUGGUAUUAGUAUCUCUAGUAUUGCUUGUGGAGAAUGGCAUACUGCGAUUGUUUCUAGUUGUGGGAGGUUAUUUACUUACGGAGAUGGUACAUUUGGGGUUCUUGGCCAUGGUGAUCUUCGGAGCUAUUCAAGUCCAAAAGAAGUUGAGUCUCUUAGUGGACUAAGGGUGAGGUCUGUUGCAUGUGGAUCAUGGCAUACAUCUGCUAUUGUUGAAGUUAUGUUUGAUCGUUUUAGGUACAAUAGUGCUAGUGGUAAGUUGUUUACAUGGGGUGAUGGAGACGAGGGGAGGCUUGGUCAUUCGGAUAACGGAAGCAAGCUUGUACCAACAUGUGUUACACAACUUGUGGACUAUGAUUUUGUUCAAGUGUCAUGUGGAAGAAUGUUGACUGUAGCACUCACUAACAUGGGCAAGGUUUUUGCUAUGGGAAGUGCCAAAUAUGGACAGUUAGGAAAUCCACAUGCCAAGGAUAAAGCAGUCAUGGUUGAAGGACAACUCAAACAAGAGUUUGUUAAAGUUAUAUCAACCGGUUCAUAUCAUGUUGCUGUUUUGACUUCUGCAGGGAGUGUUUAUACAUGGGGCAGGGGUGAAAAUGGACAACUGGGGCUAGGUGAUACUGAAGAUAGAUAUACACCUUGUUUUGUUGAGGCUCUAAGAGAUAGACAGGUAAAUACUAUCACUUGUGGUCCAAGCUUCACAGCUGCAAUCUGUUUACACAAACCUAUUUCUAUUAGUGACCAAUCAACUUGUAGUGGUUGUAGGUUGCCAUUUGGAUUCACAAGGAAGAAGCAUAACUGCUAUAACUGUGGUCUUUUGUUCUGCCGUGCUUGUAGUAGUAAGAAGAUUAUAAAUGCACCUCUAGCCCCCAGUAAGAGCAAGGCUUUUCGGGUUUGUGAUCAGUGUUUUGAUAAACGACAGGGAGGUACACAUUCAAUAAUGGCUUCUAAGUCCAGAAAUUACAACAGUCAACAGUUGUUGAAGCAUCAACAAAAAAUUGCUGAUGUGACUGAAGACCGGGGAGAGACAACCGUGACACAAGGCCCUCUGCUAUCUUUUGGUCAAUCAUGUUACAGGAAAAGUAUGCCAAGUGGACGUAAGGAUUGGAAAAACCACCCAGAAAGCCAACAGGAUGUAGAAGAUAGUUCUUCUAUGCUAGGUGGAAUGCCGCAGUGGGGGCAAGUUCCAUGUCCUGCCAUAUUUAAAAUUAAUGGUACAGAAAAUCCAGUUGUUCAUGUUUCUUCAUCCAAAAAUAAAUUAGCCACAGUUUCUCCAUGUAGUAUGGAAUCUACAACAUAUAACUUCUCUAAUGUAGAGACAGGUACAACUAAAUCUGAGAAGGUUCUGCUUGAAGAAGUUCAUAGGCUGAGAACCGAGGCUAAGAGACUUGAAGAGCAAUGUGAGCUUAAAAAUCAUAAAAUACAAGAGUGUCAGCAAAAAAUUGAGGAGAGUUGGUUUGUGGCAAGGGAGGAAGCUGCUAAGUGCAAGGCAGCAAAAGAGGUCAUAAAAGCUUUAGCACUAAGGCUUCAUACCAUAUCAGGAAAAGAUAAUGCUGGGCAAGAAGCAAAAGUUGGACAACAUGAAUUUGUGCCUAAUCUGGCAACCAUAGUUACAGAUAUGAAGAGUCCAAGAGAUGGCAAUGGGGACAGUCUAUCCAAUUCUCCCAUAGUAUUCUCUGACAUAAUAAAAUCCAAAUUUGGGAGAAGCAUGUUUCCCAAAAAUGAAAAUUCUAACUUUAGUAGAGGUGAGUCUCAACAGGACAAUAUCAAUGGAUUGAAGGCAGACUGGGUAGAACAAUAUGAGCCAGGUGUUUACAUCACAUUUACAACCUUACCAUGUGGGAAAAAAGGCCUUAAGCGAGUCAGAUUUAGUCGCAAGCGAUUCUCAGAGAAGGAAGCCGAGAAAUGGUGGGAAGAGAAUCAGAGCAAGGUGUAUCACAAAUAUGGGAUUGAAGGAUAUAUAAACACCAGCCAAAGUCAGGUGAAAGGCUAAUUUUUACUGCCAUUCAUCUCUACCAGUUUUCACCAAUAGUUCUUAGUGGGAAAGAGGUGAUGUUGGCUUUAGGCCUCAAAGAAAGAUCAAGUGUAUAGUCACAAAUAAUAGCGUAUCUUUGUUCAGCGUCUUGGGGCAUUCAUUCGGUGUACAGUCACAAAUAACAACGUGUCUCUUAAUUUUGUCUAUUUCUAUUUUAGCUUUAUAAAGUUGUUCAAAUUCCAUUUCUAAUA